CGCGGCGGCCCUGAGAUGGCGGCGGUGGCGGCGGGCGCGGCGGCCCCUCAGCAGCAGCCGCCGCCUCAGCAGCAGCCGCAGCCGGCGGCGGGAGGCGCGGCGGGCUCCGGGGAGGCGGGCGGCGGGGGGGGAGGUGGCGGCGGGGGAGGUGGCGGCGGGGGGGCCGCCGGAGGAGGAGGCGGUAGUGGCGGCGGCGCUGGGCCCGCACCGGGGUCGGGGUCGGGCGGCGGCGGCGCGGCCGGCGGCGAGUCGUGGUACCUGGCGCUGCUGGGCCUGGCCGAGCACUUCCGCACGUCCAGCCCCCCCAAGGUGCGGCUGUGCGUGCACUGCCUGCAGGCCGUGCUGCCCCGCAAGCCCCCCGCCCGCAUGGAGGCCCGCACCCACCUCCAGCUCGGCUCUGUCCUCUACCACCACACCCGCAACGGCGACCAGGCCCGCGGGCACCUGGAGAAGGCGUGGUUGAUAUCGCAGCAGAUCCCGCAGUUUGAAGAUGUUAAGUUUGAGGCAGCCAGCCUUCUGUCUGAGCUCUACUGUCAGGAGAAUUCAGUGGAUACAGCAAAACCUCUGUUGAGGAAAGCCAUCCAGAUCUCCCAACAGACCCCGUACUGGCACUGCAGAUUGCUUUUUCAGCUUGCACAACUUCACACACUUGAAAAAGACUUAGUAUCUGCGUGUGACCUCCUCGGCGUUGGAGCAGAGUACGCCCGGGUGGUGGGCUCCGAGUACACCAGAGCACUGUUCCUGCUAAGCAAGGGCAUGCUCCUUCUAAUGGAACGGAAGCUGCAGGAGGUGCACCCUCUCCUUACCCUUUGUGGACAGAUAGUUGAAAACUGGCAAGGAAACCCCAUACAGAAAGAGUCAUUACGGGUCUUCUUCCUAGUGCUACAGGUCACACAUUACCUGGACGCUGGGCAGGUGAAGAGCGUGAAGCCGUGCCUGAAGCAGCUGCAGCAGUGCAUCCAGACCAUCUCCACACUGCACGACGAUGAGAUCCUGCCCAGCAACCCCGCUGACCUCUUUCACUGGCUGCCCAAAGAACACAUGUGUGUGCUGGUCUACUUGGUGACAGUGAUGCAUUCCAUGCAAGCAGGGUACCUGGAGAAGGCUCAGAAGUACACAGACAAAGCACUCAUGCAGCUAGAGAAGCUAAAAAUGUUGGACUGCAGUCCUAUCUUGUCAUCAUUCCAAGUGAUCUUGUUGGAACACAUCAUCAUGUGUCGGCUUGUCACGGGACACAAAGCCACAGCGUUGCAGGAGAUUUCCCAAGUGUGCCAGCUCUGCCAGCAGUCGCCCAGGCUGUUCUCCAACCACGCUGCCCAGCUGCACACCCUCUUGGGGCUCUACUGCAUCUCUGUGAACUGCAUGGACAACGCGGAAGCACAGUUUACUACAGCACUGAGGCUCACUACACAUCAAGAACUGUGGGCAUUUAUUGUGACCAACUUAGCCAGUGUGUACAUCAGGGAAGGCAACCGGCACCAAGAGCUUUACAGCUUAUUGGAAAGGAUAAAUCCAGACCAUAAUUUUCCUGUGAGCUCUCACUGUCUUCGAGCAGCAGCUUUCUACAUCCGAGGUCUCUUCUCCUUCUUCCAAGGAAGAUACAAUGAGGCAAAGCGAUUCUUGCGAGAGACAUUGAAAAUGUCAAAUGCAGAAGACUUGAACCGACUGACGGCGUGUUCCCUCGUGCUCCUGGGCCACAUAUUCUACGUGUUGGGGAAUCACAGGGAAAGCAACAACAUGGUGGUGCCAGCCAUGCAGCUUGCCAGCAAGAUCCCAGACAUGUCUGUGCAGCUCUGGUCCUCGGCUCUGCUGAGAGACCUGAACAAGGCCUGUGGGAAUGCCAUGGAUGCCCAUGAGGCAGCACAGAUGCACCAGAACUUCUCCCAGCAGCUCCUGCAGGACCACAUUGAGGCAUGCAGCCUUCCUGAGCACAACCUCAUCACGUGGACAGACGGACCACCUCCUGUACAGUUCCAGGCCCAGAACGGACCCACCACCAGCCUGGCCAGUCUCCUGUGAAACACAGUAACUGACACCAGGACAAUGUGUUUAAAAAGCAAAGGAAAAGCCGCCAAGAAAUGCCAAAAAAAAAAAAAAAAAAAGAGCAAAAAUUGAUGCAAAAUCUUUUCUUCAAAGAAAAGGCAGCGAAUUCCUCUUCUAGUGAGGGCCUUGUAGGAACCAGAUUGCAUAAAGACAACAAAGUACAUUUCAUAGACUUGCAAAGUGAGAAGGGCAUUUUAAGCUGCUUUUACAUAAUGUGUGUGAAUAUACAGCUAGUGUGUAUAUACCUACUGGUUUUAAUCUGCUUUCCUCUUACUGAGAAAUAAGAUUUAGUCCCAAGGACACUUGUUCCUUAAGUUCUUAGAUAUCUUAACUUUUAAAAGCCGUCACAGGAAAUGAAGAGGACUCAGUUUUAAUACCACUUGUAGCCUGAAUACAAACCUUCCCUGGGGUAUGAUGCAGGAAUCUGCACCCUUCCACUCCUGGGAAGAAUUGGGUUAAACCAAGAGUUGAUUGUAGAGUGCACUAAAGUUCUACAUUUAGUUUCUGAGGGUAAUAUUCUUCUCACUGGGUGCAAGUCGUUGCCAGUACUGGUUGUAGCCUCGCAGUGAAGGUAAGGAUGGGAUGGGGAGCUCUGAACUCUGAUGGUGUUUGAAGCUUUGGGGGGUGUUGGUGUCCUCAGGAUGGCCUCCAGCCCUGUCCUGGUGUCAGAGGAGCAGGUUCUACAUCCUGAGUGUGUGACAGUGUGCCACCACUUCAUCCCUGUGAUGGUCUGCCUUGGAUCUCCCUGCACUGCCAUGACUCCUGCAUGGGGGAAGGCAGAACCACAGUUCUCUCCAAUCUCUUUGCCGUGGUGUGGAUGGAAGGAGGCACGUUCCUGGCCUCCUGGCUGCUCCCUGUGUUGGCCAAGCAGCUGGGAAGCAGCGGUUUGCACCUUCAGCACCGCCUCGCCAAGGGAAGGCAGCAUCUGUGCCUUAAUGACUUGUACAGAGUUAAAGCAGUGGUUAAACCCCAGCUCCAGCAUAAGCCAGAGGCAUGUGGUGAAACUGCAGGCUUGCCCUUGGCAAAAGCUUCCUGUUUCCAAACUUUUCAGUGUUUGCUUUGCUGUUCUCUGUCAGUGUUUUGGUGACUCUGUGACUUCUCGCUCUGUUUUCCUGGGCUCCUGCUGCUGUCUCAGAACAGGAGAGACGAGGCCCAAGUUUGUGCUGCAGAAACCAGGAGGAGAGUUGUUAUUCCAUGAAGCAGCAGCAGUUUCAUAGCAGGGAUCUGGGCCAGGUGUUGUAGUGCCAUGUAAAGCUCGUGAGGUUCCUAGGGUGUUUUUCUCUCUUGGUAGCUCUGCGUAUUUCUCUCCCAGCUUGAAAGGGGAAGGGAAAAGGAAUGUGCCAGAAAAAUCCUUUCUGUAGGGCUUUUUCCUCUGAGGGAGGAGGGGAAUGUUUGAGAGGAAGCAUUUGACCCCCUGAAACCUUUAUACAAGUUUUACUGUAGCAGUACUACUGUGAAUCAUAGAAGGGUUUGGGUUGGAAUGGAUCUUAAAGAUGAAGUCCAAGCUCAGCGGCCAUUCUUGUUCAGAGUCUUGUCUCCUGUCUCAGAGACUUGCUUUUUGUCAUUCAAACCCAUCACUUUUUACCAGUGAAUGAUAUUAAGGGGAUAAGUGCUUGUUCAGUUGCCAAAAUAGGGGGUUUUAAGUUUCCUCUGCUGUUCUCAGCCAUUUACUCUUGCAGAAGAUGUGCAUGUUUUAGGCCUUGUUAAGUCUCCAACAGGGAAAAUCUCGAUGCUGGUGUAGGGAGAGAGUCCUGUUACUGGGUCUGCAGGAAGAAACUUCAGUGUUGUUCCAAGUGUUUAGAAGCAUAGGAAAGAAAUGUUUGAGGUGGCAGCACAUGGGGUUUGGAGGUACCAGGUACAGAGAGAACCCUCAGAUGGAUCCUGUUCUGCAUCCUUGCUCCUGUUCUGUGCCAGCUGCUCUCCUGUCCCCUCCACGGCUCUGAGUCACAGAGCUGACAGCCACAUUCCCAUGGGAUCUGCUGGCUUUGUAGCACUGGGGUUAGGAACCUGUCUCAGUGGUGAUGUUGUGUGGCCCUGGCUCACUCCACUUGUCCCUGCCUCUGUUAGUGAUAGAACAGCCCCAUAAGCUCAGCUGCUGCCAUGGGCUUGGAGUUUGGACAGGAAUGACCAGGUAAACCCUACCUGGGGGUAUUGAUGCUAUGGAUGUCUUUAAGUCUUUCCCCUUUCUUUGUGUGUAUGGAAACUCUUUGGCUGUUUGCUCCUUAAGUCACUGAGUUGCAAGAACUGGUUUUAAGCCUCUAAAUGCUGUUUUCUUGGCAGUGCUGGGGAAUGAUGAGUGACAGAAAAGGAUGUGCUUUAAACUCAGCUCAAGGCCUGCUCAGGUGAUCCAAGCGCUCUCUUCAUGUGGCUGUUGUCAGCUAGGCUGAGGCUGUUCACUGCUUACACGCUCCUCCCUAACUACAGUCGUUGGGCAGAAAGGUUCUGCUUCUCUAAGGCACCAUGGAAAAACUUCCAUCUCAAGAGAGCUGGGGCUUGAGCUUGUAGUGACAGUGACCUGCCCCCAGCCUUGUCCUGCAGCUCCUCACCCCAUCCUGGUGCUCAGGGCCCUGCAGAGCUGAAGGUUGUGCUGUGGGAGAGCAGUUUGCAGUGGGAAUUCUCUGGCUCUUUGUAGUUGGAAUCCCUGCUGUGUCCUGGGGAGGGAAGGAAGUGCUGGAGGGGAACUCACCUCUGCUGUGGGCAUGCUCAGGUUUGGAACAGGAACCUUUGCUAAAUGUGGUGGCUGAACUUGUCAUGGCAGGAGGAUCAGGCUGGGGUUUCCCUGGGACCUCCACUGGGGCUUUGCUCUUGGACAGAACAGCAUUUGCCUGCGGCCCUGGGGAGUCCAACACUGCUGCAGAGUCCUCUUCCCAGCAACAGGAUGUCAAAGAUCAUGUAAAUUUGAACAGAACUCGUUGAUUUUCUAGCUCUAAAAUUCCAUGUACAUUUGUGACAAUGUACAGUGCUUUUUAACGACACUUGUAUAUUAAAUUAUUUAAUAGUU